GCCGCCGAGAGCAGAGCGGGGCGGGGGAGCCAGGCGGUGGCGGCGGCGGCAGCGGCGGCGACGGAGGCUGCCGUGGGGAGGGAUGGAAAGGGGAGGGGGGAGCGGAGCCGAGCGGAGACAGCCGCGGCGCUGCAGAGCGGCUGGGGCGGCGGCGCGGCUCCCGGUGCUCCCCCCGGCACGCACCCCGAGUCGGUGAGGGCCGGGCCCCGGCGGCCCCUGGAGCCAUGGGCUGCAUCGGCUCGCGGACUGUGGGGAAUGAGGUGAUUGCAGUGGACUGGAAAGGCCUCAAAGAUGUCGAUCAGAUCAACAUGGACAGCACCAGCUCACUGCAUGGCAGCAGCCUCCAUCGACCAUCUACAGAGCAAACACGAACAGAUUUCUCCUGGGACGGCAUCAAUCUCUCCAUGGAAGACACCACUUCCAUCCUUCCGAAGCUUAAGCGAAACUCUAAUGCCUAUGGCAUUGGGGCCCUGGCCAAGUCAUCAUUCUCAGGGAUCUCGAGGAGCAUGAAGGACCAUGUGACAAAGCCUACAGCCAUGGGGCAAGGCCGGGUGGCCCACAUGAUUGAAUGGCAGGGCUGGGGAAAGGCUCCAACAAUUCAGCCACAACACAGCCACGAGGCUGUGCGCCGGGAUACAGAUGCUUACUCUGACCUCAGCGAUGGCGAGAAGGAGGCACGUUUCCUAGCAGGGGUUAUGGAACAGUUUGCUAUUUCUGAGGCUACACUUAUGGCCUGGUCUUCCAUGGAUGGUGAGGACAUGAGUGUCAAUUCUACCCAGGAGCCACUGGACUGCAACUACAGUGACAACUACCAGGAGCUGAUGGAGAGUCAGGAUGCGUUAGCUCAAGCCCCCAUGGAUGGAUGGCCUCACUCCUAUGUGUCACAGGGGAUGUACUGUCUGGGAUCAUCGGAUGCCUGGGAAGCAAGUGAUCAAUCCCUCAUUGCAUCUCCAGCUACAGGAUCCUAUCUUGGCCCUGCAUUUGAUGACUCACAGCCCAGCCUGCAUGACAUGGGGCCUUCCCAACCUGCUUCAGGAUACUCUGCUCAGGAGCCUCCACCUUUGUUGGGGGUGGACAGUGACUGGGCACCAGAGGUUGGUGGGGUGGACCUGGCCAGGGGACCUGUAGAGGAAGAGAAGAGACCACUGGCCCCUGAAGAGGAAGAGGAUGCAGGAUGCCGGGAUUUGGAGUCACUUUCCCCACGAGAGGAUCCAGAGAUGUCUACUGCCCUCAGUAGGAAGGUGUCUGAUGUCACAUCCUCAGGUGUGCAGUCCUUUGAUGAGGAGGAUGGGGAUGCCAACAACUAGCUUCUUCCCACCCCACUCCGACCUGAGGGGCAUGGCUGCAACCCAUACCCUCCCAAGCUCCAGCAGCACAGAUUAAACCCAGGCAGAAGACAGCAGGGAACCGGGCGCUUCCAGCCCUUACCAGGCCUCUAGCAGCCCUGGAAAGUGAAGGACCAGCAGGGGGUUUUAUCUAGGCUUGUGCUUCAGAAACCAUCAUUCCAGGAACUUGGACCCAGGCAAUUAGGUGGCAUGGUGGUGGGAGA